AGCACCGAACCGUCCUCUGGGGGCUCCUCCAAGGAAGCUGCUGGCAGCAGACACAGCUGGAGCCCCCUCAUCUGGCCCCGAGGGCUGGCCUUUCUCAGGCGAGGGGACCCAGUGGGUAGAGGGUGAGGGUUCCUCAGUGCGGGACAACAGUAGGGCAGGUUGCUUGCCUUUCCAGGCCUCAGUUUCCUCAUCUGUAAAAUAAGGAUUCAUGCCUUCAUUCAUUCAUUCAGCAGGUGUUUGAGGGAGAGCCUCUUUUAUCCCGGCAGUAUGACUAGAAAACCUGAAGGUGGGCCCAUGGUUGGUGUGUCUGAAGUGCAAUAAGGGGCCGCCGUGGCUGGAGCAUGGGGGGCCAGGGAGCGAUUGUGAGGAGGUUGAAAGAAGUGGUCAAAAUAUGAAGUAUGAAAUCAGUAUUGUUUUAUUUAAGAGCAAUGGAGGAUGGCAGGAUCUGAUUCAGCUUUUUAUAAAACAACCCUCUGAGAUGCUCCCCGGCACGGGGGUUGUAGCAUCUCCCUCUCCUUCAGUGUGGGCUACACUUUAGUGACCUGCUUCCAAAAGUAUGCACAGACUGAGGCAGUAAAUUUAAUUUACGGGGGAACCUCAGCAGCACCCCCUCAACCAGGCGCUCGGGCUCCCAUGAACACCUCAUGUAGCUCCCAGACAAGAUGAGAACCCUUUACCUCCGUGGUCUUUAUCCCUGAAACCCAGAACCCCAGUCUCACCAUGAGAAAAACACCAGACAACUCGAAACUGAAGAACUUGCUACAGAAUACAAAUACAAAAACUGUCAAGGUCAUCAAAAACCACAGGAAAUCUGAGAAAUUCACAGCCCAUAGGCGCAUAAGGAGUUGUGAUGACUAAGUGCUAUGUAGGACCCUGGGUGGGAUCCUGGAAAAAGACACUAGAGAAACUAGUGAACUCGGGUCAGUCAUGGUAUUUAGUAAAUAUUAAGACACCAGUGCUGGUUCAUUAGUUGUAACAAACAUCGUUCAGUCACUAAGUCGUGUCUGACUUUUGCAACCCCAUGGACUGAAGCCCGCAGAUCUCUGUCCUCUACUCUCUCCAGAGUUUGCUCAAAUUCAUGUCCAUUGAGUGGGUAACAAAGGUACUAUAGUUGUUUAAAUGUUAACACUUCCCAGGGGAAACCUGGUCUGAGUGUAUAACUCUCUUUACCAUCUUGGUGUAUUGUCUAUGAAUCUCAACUAUGGUAAAAUGAAAAGUUCAUUUGUCUUAGGUAUAAAUAAAGACCCCCUGACUUCAGUUGGGACAGUAGACUCUGGGGGACGAAAGUGAAGUCAGAGAGGCCCCAGAGCCUCACAGGGUCGCGGUGGGAGCUGGGGGUGGGGGAGCUUGUCCAGUGUGAACAGAGGAGGGUGCUUGGAGAAGACGUAGGUGACAGGAAUGAGCCAGUGGCUCUUUUUAACAGGUUUGGUGUUGUUCUUGCCCGAGUUGGGGAAAAACAGAGGAGGAGCAGGUUUGAGGCAGGAAGGCAAGAGGUCUCUUUCGGCAGGGGUGUCGCUGAGGUCUGGCUAGACAUCCGUGGAAAUGUUCCAGGACCGGGAGUGCUGGGGACACAGGUGUUGGAGCCCGUGACCCAGAGGUGGAUUUUUUGGAGGGUGGGGGGCGACGGGAGUGGGGCGACGGGAGUAGCGUGCCUGGGAGGAAGGGUGACGAUGGCGAGGGCAGGAGGCCGGGGCCCAGGCUUCCCGGGAGGGACGUCGCCUCGGGGUCUCCGAGCGUCAGGCCCCGGAUCCCUCUGGUCCUCCAGACGAUCCAGGCGGUCCCGCCUCCCGCCUUCGCGGCCUGGGAAGCUCGGCCCCUCGGGCCCUCUGAGCACGGAGACCGAGCGGAGCGGCGGAAACCAGCCGGGCGGGCGCUUCACGGCUGGGCGCCCCCUGCUCUGUGACGCGCGGGCGGGGACGCACGGUUAUCUCCUGUCCCCGCCUGUCCCCGCUGGGCCCGGAGCCCGAGCCGGAGCGGAGCGGACGAUGGCGGCUCUGCGGCUCUUGGCGUCGGUGCUCGGGCGCCGGGUUCCCGCCGGCCGCUCGGGGCGCGCGUUGGCCAAAGGUGGCGCGUGCGGCUUCGCCUGCAGCGCCCGGCGCGCCAGGUUCUACACGGACCCGGUAAAGGCCGUGGGAGACAUCACUGACGGCUCGAGGAUCAUGAUCGGGGGCUUCGGGCUCUGCAGGAUCCCAGAGAACCUGAUAGGGGCGCUGCUGAAGACCCGCGUGAAGGACUUGACCGUGGUCAGCAGCAACGUGGGGGUGGAGAACUUCGGUCUCGGCCUUUUACUGGGGACCAAGCAGAUCACCCGCAUCAUCUGCUCCUACCUGGGGGAGAACUCGCUCUGUGAGCACCAGUACCUGGCAGGCGAGCUGGAGCUGGAGAUCACGCCCCAGGGCACCCUGGCCGAGCGCAUCCGCGCGGGGGGCGCCGGUGUGCCCGCCUUCUACACCCCCACGGCCUACGGGACCUUGGUCCAGGAGGGAGGCGCACCCAUCAGGUACUUACCGGACGGCCACAUCGCCAUCCUCAGCCAGCCCAGGGAGGUGAGGGAGUUUCAUGGGCAGCACUACCUGUUGGAGCACGCCAUCACCGCUGAUUUUGCUUUGGUGAAAGGCUGGAAGGCCGACUGGGCAGGAAAUGUCAUCUUCAGGGCCAGCGCCAGGAACUUCAACGUGCCCAUGUGCAAAGCUGCCAGAACCUCCGUGGUGGAGGUUGAAGAAAUUGUGGAUGUGGGGUCCUUUGCCCCAGAAGACAUCCAUGUUCCUAACAUUUAUGUAGAUCGCAUUAUACAGGGGGAAAAAUAUGAGAAAAGAAUUGAGCGCUUAACCAUCCGGAAAGAGAAUGAUGAAAUAUGCAAGUCUUCAGAUAACAUAAGGACACGGAUCAUCAAGCGGGCAGCUCUUGAAUUUGAGGACGGCAUGUAUGCCAAUCUGGGCAUCGGCAUCCCUCUCCUGGCCCCCAACUACAUCAGCCCCAACAUCACCGUGCACCUUCACAGUGAGAAUGGGAUCUUGGGCUUGGGUCCCUUUCCAUUAAAAGAGGAGGUGGACGCGGACCUCAUCAACGCGGGCAAGCAGACAGUCACCCUUCUUCCCAGGGGCUCUUUUUUCUCCAGCGAUGAGUCAUUUGCCAUGAUUCGGGGGGGACACAUCAACCUGACCUUGCUGGGAGCCAUGCAGGUUUCCAAAUAUGGUGACCUGGCUAACUGGAUGAUACCCGGCAGGAAGGUGAAAGGCAUGGGGGGUGCGAUGGAUCUGGUGUCCAGUUCCAAGACACGCGUGGUGGUCACCAUGGAGCACUGCAACAAGGCCAACGAACCCAAGAUCGUGGAGAAGUGCACCAUGCCGCUGACUGGGAAGCGGUGCGUGGACCGAAUCAUCACCGAGAAGGCCGUGUUUGACGUGCACAAGAAGACAGGACUGACCCUGAUUGAGCUCUGGGAAGGCCUAACCGUGGAGGACAUCAAAAAGAGCACGGGGAGCCCCUUUGCCAUCUCCCCAAAUCUCAGACCCAUGCAGCAGGUCAAAAUGUAGCCCGAGAGUGAACCUCAGUCCCAGAGUGUGUGCUUCUGCCUUCACCUCCCAGGACUGCAUUCCAAGGAAGCCACAGUCACAGUUGUACAUUUCACCAGCAUCUGGCCGGCUUUAGCCUGCCAUCCCAGACUGGUUGCCCCUGGAUAGGCUUUGUUCUCUCAGGAGAGACAUGCCUUUAAUUAAAAACCAAAGGAAAGCAAAGACGUUGACCUUGUAUGUCCUGUGAAUUCUGAGAAAGCUCUGCUCCCAUCGCCCUCCUCACUGUCUGUUAUAUUUACAUUAAAUUCUAUGCGGUUUGAGAUGAUCCCAUAGAAAGGGUUUCAUUGAAGUGCCUGUUGGCAUGAAUGAAUCAUGAACCAUAGGGAAAGUGACGGGGGAGGAACAAGUCCACCCAGAGUCUGCGUCUGGAGUUUCCUAGAACCAUGAAAACAUACACACGUAAAUGUGAAUUUGUGAUCAGGAGAAAUGCUAUCUUAGAGAAUGACUUUUUUUUCUUUUGGCCCCUUUGACUUUCCUUCUGGAACUUUCAUUUUGUCCCUAAAGUUUGUUUUCAUUGUAGCCUCACCUCUGCCCCCCAUAUUUCUGUUUCUUGUAGCUAAGCAUAUGUCUCUAGAAGGGAAGCAAGAGUGUCUAGGCAGCCAGUAAACUGGUCAUAGGAGCAAUUGAAGGGGGAGAGACCGUGAGUACUAAUGUUCUGUGGGGUGGUCUCCUCUGAAUAAACAGUCUAGCCAUGUGCUUCCAAAGGCUUUGGCUUAGGAUGGGAGGGAUCUACAAACCUGACAGAUGGACUUCAGUGAAUUUUCUCAUCUCAGAUCAUCCAGAUCAGACACUGGACCCUUCCUCUCUAUCACAGCCUAAACCAGCCUUUUGUUCAUACUCCCUUGAGACUCAAGAGAGGCAGAGAGGUACUUCAUCCUGAAUCCACAGUCUCACAAGCUAAACAGAAAAAAAUGUGUGUGUGUGUGUAUGUGUGUGUCUAGGGUUCAAACUCAGGCCUGCCGUGGAACUCAGGCUUUCUCAGUGAGGCCCUAGGGCUGCACAGGAGCUCGUGGGUAAGAACACGAAGCUCCAGCUGGUCAAGGAAGGCCUUUCGGAGCGGCCUCCCUGGAGCCUCACCCUGGCGGGAGGCCCAGAUCCUGAAGUGAAGA